GAGCCUCCCGAGGCAAACCGACGCGGCUAGUCUCCCCGGCAACUGGGACGCCAGACACCCGACCUGGGUGGAGGCCGCACUAGGGGCCGCGAUGGUGUCCAACCCUCUGCAUGGCCUGCCCUUUCUCCCGGGCUCGUCCUUUAGGGACUACACGAAAACAGCAUUUCAUAGAAGCCAGACACUGGGCUACAGGAACGGCUAUGCAGUUGUUCAACCUCCAACAGUUGGGAUAGGCGGGGACCGCCUUCCAGUCAACCAGCUGUCCCCGGCUGAGCUGGAUGAGUUGGCCAGCAAGGCACCAGCUCUAACCUAUGGCCAACCUAAACAGGCCCCACCUGCAGAAUUUAUUCCUGCACAUGUGGCUUUUGACAAAAAGGUGCUGAAAUUUGAUGCUUAUUUCCAAGAAGACGUUCCUAUGUCAACCGAGGAACAUUACAGGAUUCGUCAAGUGAACAUUUACUACUACCUGGAAGACGACAGCAUGUCUGUCAUGGAGCCUGUUGUGGAAAAUUCUGGGAUCCCUCAGGGCAAGUUAAUCAAACGCCACAGGCUUGCCAAGAAUGACCAGGGAGACCAUUACCAUUGGAAAGACCUCAAUCGAGGAAUAAACAUUACAAUUUAUGGCAAAACUUUCCGCCUCGUUGACUGUGACCGAUUCACACAGGUAUUUUUGGAAAGUCAAGGAAUUGAAUUAAAUCCACCAGAGAGGAUGGCUCUCGAUCCUUACACUGAACUCCGGAAGCAGCCUCUUCGUAAGUAUGUCACCCCAUCGGACUUUGACCAUCUGAAGCAGUUUCUCACCUUUGACAAACAAGUUCUUCGAUUCUAUGCAAUCUGGGAUGAUACAGACAGCAUGUUUGGUGAAUGUCGGAACUACAUCAUUCAUUACUAUCUUAUGGAUGAUACAGUUGAAAUUCGAGAAGUCCAUGAACGGAAUGAUGGGCGAGAUCCUUUCCCACUCCUGAUGAACCGCCAGCGCAUGCCAAAAGUUUUGGUGGAGAAUGCAAAGAACUUCCCUCACUGUGUGCUGGAAAUCUCUGAUCAAGAGGUGUUGGAAUGGUACACUGCCAAAGACUUCAUCGUGGGGAAACCGCUCACAAUCCUUGGGAGAACCUUCUUCAUUUAUGACUGUGAUCCUUUUACUCGACAGUACUAUAAAGAAAAGUUUGGAAUCUCCGAUUUACCACGAAUUGAUGUGAGCAAGAAGGAGCCACCUCCUGUGAAACCGGAAUUACCACCUUAUAAUGGCUAUGGACAAAUUGAAGACUCUGCUCAGAAUUGCUUCGUUCUCAUUCCAAAAGCUCCAAAAAAAGAUGUUAUGAAAAUGCUGAUGGACAACGGCAAGGUGCUUCGUUACCUGGCUGCACUGGACUCUCCCAACCCAGAAGACAAAGACCGCCGAUUUAUCUUUUCUUAUUUUCUAGCCAAUGACAUGAUCACUAUCUUUGAGCCGCCUGUUCGCAAUUCUGGCAUCAUCGCCGGCAAGUACCUUGGCAGAACUAAAGUUCUUAAGCCGUCCUCAUCAGUGGAAAACCCCAUCUACUAUGGCCCAACGGACUUCUUCAUUGGGGCUGUGAUUGAGGUGUUUGGCCGCCGGUUCGUCAUCCUGGAUACAGAUGAUUAUGUUUUGAAGUACAUGGAGAGCAAUGCUGCCCAGUAUUCGCCAGAAGCACUCUUGUCCAUCCAGAACUGUGCUCAAAAGCACGAGGCUCCUGCACUGGAAUUAGAAAACAAGCAAACCGAAGAUCCAGGUGAGCAAGAACUAGAAGCAUUGAUAGACACAAUCCGGAAGCAACGGGAACCUCAUCCAUGCAAAGACAACAUUCGCGAAGCAUUUCAAAGUUAUGACCAGGACGCUUCAGGAUAUGUGGACAAAGAGAUGUUCUUUAAAGUCUGUGACUCUCUCAACCUCCCAGUUGAUGAUUCUUUGAUUAAGGAGUUGAUCAGGAUGUGCUCUCACGGAGAAGACAAGAUUAACUACUAUAACUUCCUUCGUGCUUUUUCAAAUGGACCUGGCUGAUGGGACUGGAGUACAGUUUGGAGGUUGGACCCUCAUUUUGAAACACCUUGUACUUUUCAGAGAGGCAUUUACAGGGCUCUUAAAAUUGUGUUUUUUGGUUUCUAUAUUUCAAUACUGAAGUCUGAAUUAAAUUGGAUCUUUUAAGAGCUAA